AUGGAGCAUCCCCCUUCCAUGACCUCCUCAAUGGUAGAUGGAGAUGAGCUGGAUGUCCAGCGCCCCAUCCUGCCACCGAGGAUGGUUCCUCAGCCCCAGGCGUGUGCCCCGCUAUGUGGGAUUCACCACACGGUCCAAACAGCAGCCGAGCACCCCGUGUGGCUGGACAGAACCCAGGCCAUGGCCACCACACCUUUAUACAACGGCCACCUUUAUGUCACGCCAUCUCCUCGCUGCAACAAAAGGGGAGACAAAUCCAAAGGGAAAGAGAAGAAGGGUGAGAAAAGGUCAGGGGGGAGUAGGCCAGGUCAAAAAGACCGAAACCACCAGUGCAAAGGCAAACUCUCAGGAUGCCACAGACUGCAGGAAAAAGUCACAUCUUUCACUGAUGUGCCGAUUGCUCGCUGUGGGUUACCCUUUGAGGGCCCCUGCAGGUCACCCCGAGAAAUCAGGGAUGUCGACGGUCAAGGUCAACGCAAGUCUGGUAAUGUUUCUGUGGAGAUGCAAGACCGCCAGAGUCUUCCAGAGAUAAUAAUCACCAGCAAGGACGACAACCCCCAGCAACACAACAAGGAGACCGAACAUCGUCAGGAUCCGUGUGAGGCAAAAGGCCUGCUGCCAGGAGCUGAGUGCCCCAGCACGAGCCCCACUUGCAGCCCUAAGACCAGCCCAAAGCACAAAAACGAUGGCGAUGGCGAUGGCGACGGCGACGACGACCGGUACCGGAGGUCCCACAACAUCGGCUGGCGGCUGGUUCGCAGGAGGGCACUGUUUCUGAGGAGGCAACGCCUGAACGACUGCGCCCUGGCGGUGGGGAUAUUCGGUGUUGUGGUGAUGGUGAUGGAGACGGAGCUCUCCUGGAGCAUCUACAGCAAGAGCUCCAUCUACUCCCUGGCACUCAAGUCAGUCAUCAGUUUUUCUACACUCAUCCUGAUUGGCCUCCUCAUAGCAUAUCACUGGUGUGAGGUGCAGCUCUACGUUCAUGAUAUUGGUGCAGAGGAUUGGCGGAUUGCCAUGACAACGGACCGUUUGGCUCUGAUAGUCCUGGAGCUGGCAGCGGUGGCCAUUCAUCCUUAUCCAGUGGGUCUGCAGGCCUACUUCCUGCAGGUCAAGACCCGCAUGACACUGUCAGAGACAGAGCUGGAGAUCGUCCUGGCUCUGCCCAUGUUCCUGAGGCUCUACCUGCUCGGUCGGGCAAUGAUGCUGCACAGCCGCCUCUUCACAGACACGGCCUCACGUAGUAUCGGGGCGCUGAACAAGAUACACUUCAACACCCGGUUUGUGGGGAAAACACUGAUGACCACCUACCCCGGGACCGUGCUGAUGAUUUUCAGUGUUUCUCUGUGGAUUGUGGCGGCAUGGGGCUUACAUGUCUGCGAGAGACACCACAACUACAGGGACCUGAGUAGCAACUACAUGGAGGCCCUGUGGAUGGUCUCCGUCACCUUCUUGUCUAUCGGGUAUGGAGAUGUGGUCCCCCACACUUACUGUGGACGCAGCAUUUGCCUCCUCACCGGGAUAAUGGGAGCCGGCUGCACAGUGUUGGUGGUGGCAGUGGUUGCCAGGAAGCUGGAGCUGACCAGGGCAGAGAAACAUGUUCACAAUUUCAUGAUGGACUCACACAUCUCCAAGAGGAUAAAAAUUGCUGCAGCGAAUGUGCUGAGAGAGACUUGGCUUAUCUACAAGCACACUAAGCUGUUAAAAGACCACAGCAAAGUCCGCAUGCACCAGCGGAAGCUGCUCCUGGCCAUCCACCAGCUGCGGCAAGUGAAGAUGGAGAAGAGAAUUCUUGCUGACCAGGGGAACACACUUGUGGACCUUAACAAGAUGCAGAACCUGAUGUAUGACGUGCUGUCGGAGGUGCAGGGCUGCAGGGGGGAUCUGGACACACACAUCCACACACUGGAGAAGAGUGUGGAGGAGCUGAGGGAGGGCUUCAGGAGCCUGAUGCCGCUCCUCUCCAGCACACUGUCCACACAGAAUUCCUCCAUCCGCCACCUGCUCAGGGAGAGAGAGGGGAAGACUGAGAUUGCAAGCGUGAGCGGAGAAGACAGGUAGAGGGAUGGCAGACGAAGGCUUCUAAGGACGCUUGAGAAGAAGUUAUCUGCCUUUACUGCAGCUUAAACAGACUUGAAGAUAAAGGGAAAAGAGAUG